GACCGUUCUACGGGUAAGGUACUAAGUUAGUCUUCAGAAGAGCGCCAGAGGGGCGCCGUAGGGGCGCAUCGGCAGCGCCUCAAGAGAUUUAUAGGACACAUUGUCGCAAGUACAACUGAGUAUACAGAGUUAUGCGACGUGUCAGGUUCCCACCUCGCUUCCACCAUUGCGCCGCCGGCCGUGACAGCCUAUUGACACUCCAGACUCUUGUGUUAAGUGUUCAGAUCUUGAGUCAGUUUUAUUCCCUAAUGCCGUCCUUGUAAGACUUUCAGAAAAGUUUCCUUCCGCACAGUGACAAGUCUGGCUGACUUGGCUGGUGGCUGCCACUGAGUAGAUCUCACAAGAAAGUAGCUUCAAAUUUUCGCUCUUAAGACUCCAAAGGGGUUCUGGUCUUCACCGCAGCACAAACAGGUUUGACCUAGCCUUUUGACCAAGAGAGACAUGGCUCCCUGCACUCUUUUUUCUGGCCCCACUUCAGCCAACGUGCCGAUCAUACAUCCCAAACCAACGGAUGUUGUCAUCAUUGGAGCGGGUCCUGGGGGGCUCCUCUUAGCGCUGUACUUGCUGGAGAAGGGGCAGGGAAGGUUCAAGGUGUCCAUCCAUGAAGCACGGGAGGAUCCAAGGGAAACCUUGAAGCGGCCGCCUUCUCCACGAAGGUCCCCUCUAGGUAUUUGGCACCGGGGGCUGGCAGCACUUCAGAGGAUAGAGGGCUUAUGGCCACGGGUCAAUGCUGUAGGGGCCCCGGCGUUUGUGUGCAAAGUGUGGGUUCUGGGAAGAUUCUUGUCCGUUCCACAUCGCGCAGAGGACAGCCCGAAGAUCGUCACGGACCGUUGCGCCUUGUGUGCCGCAAUGAUGGACCUUCUCCUUGCAAGGUACGGCGGAUCUGGCCUCUUGGACAUCACGUUCGACCAGCGGUGCACCUCGGUCGACCUCCGGACACGCUCCGUAACUUUUGCCGCUCCCGCUCCUUCCGCGGACCGAAACUCAGAAGGGCAGCCGGGACCGGAUCAGGCCAGUGAUGUCGGGGAGUGGAACCGUACGAACGGAACCGGAAUCACCAAGCGAUAUGAUCUGAUCGUGGGUGCUGACGGGGUGCACUCCGUGGUUCGACAGGGCAUUGUGCAGUCGACGAGAAGGUUCGACUUCGAGCAGCGAGACAUUGGCUGGGAGUGGCUGGUAACUCGAGUCCCGGUUCCACCACCCCCAGUGAAGGGCGACUGGGGCCUCAUCGUUCUGGGGAAGCCGUUCGCCCUCCUUACGCCUGGGUGCCCCUCGCUGGAAGGGGACUCUCAGAUGAACUUCGUAAUCGGCUGGACAUCGCACGAGAAGCCCCCCGAGUGGCACGCCUGCACCACUGCCGAAGACGCCAAAGCUUACCUGGACCGGGCCUACCCGUGGUUGAACAUUCCGCUCAAGUCAGCGGAGGCGUUGCUGAAACAGAGGGUCAACACAAGCAUGCAGCUCAAGUGCAGCGUGUACCAUGAUACGGAGGGCCGUGCGGUGCUCAUUGGCGACGCAGCUCACGCCACCAGUCCGACACUCGGCCAGGGAUGCAACACGGCAUUGGAAGACGCCGCCACAUUGGCGAGCCUUCUUCUCGAGACGGAGACUGUUUCGGAGCUGCCAGACGCUCUCGAGUCCUACUCGGGGCUGCGGGUGCCUGAAGGUCACGCGUUGGUGGACGUAGCAGAAAGCCAAGGGCCCAUGGACCGGUGGGGGGUGAUCAGGAACAUUCUCAACAUGGUCUGGCAGACUAUGCUGAACCGCCUCUUUCCCAAGCUGUUUCCGCCGCACAUUCUGAUCUCCGUGAGCGCGGGAAAGCCUCUAUCUGAGAUCUACAAAGCGAAUAAGGGCUUCGUUGACUCCGUGUUGGCCAGCAACCAGCGGGCCGUCCGGCGGCUCACCGAGAAGCGCAAUCAGGAAAGGACGGACGCCAUGCUUGCCAAGAGGUUCAAAGCGGCUCCGGCUGGCUCCUAGCCUGGAAAGCAGCCUCUUUCUACCGCGCACGUAAAGCGUUACUGCUAGCUAGACUCGACAGAUGGCCGUCAUCUGAUCUAUACUAAAACUGUUCAAAAUAGAUAUGCCGCCCGAGGCGGUGCCGAGGUACGUUGCAAAUGGGGUGAGAGGUCGCCCCUCAAUCGCUUCUUCUGGCACCUCCGCAGCGAAAGCAAUGGCCCCACCAGGCUUGCCGGAAAGCUAGGUCAGUGUCCCGGCAGGCUGUUACGAAGUUAAGCUUGACCCAAAUGUGAGGCGCCCCCAGACAUUCGGCGCCACCCUAUAAGGUCUGCAGGGGCCGGUUAUGCUCAGUGAACUGCUAGGCUGCGCAUUUUACUCGAAUCGAGAAGCUAAGUGAAGUCAAACCUAUACAAGAACUGAAUCUCUGAUCUACGUAUUGUACUCAAACCUAUACAGAAUCUGCCAGAUUUCCAAUUUCCAUUCGUACCUUAGAGCUUUCCGACGUUCAAUAAAUAGUGGCCCUGUUCACCACUUGGGGGAAGCACGGU